CGGCGCAAGCGCGCCAGGGCCGCGCCGGAGCGAGCCCCUCCUGCUCCCUGUCGGAGUCAAAAUGGCGACAGGGAGAGCCUGGAGCAGUCCCGGAGCCUAAGCCACUGACAGGAGCGGGGAGGACGGCGGCGGCGGCGGCGGCGGCGGCUGGAGGAGAAUGGCCGCGGGGGCUGGCGCCAGUGCGGACGGCGGCGCUGGGGGCGGCGGCGGCGGAGGCGACGGCAGCGGUCCCAGCAGCAGCCGCGGCGGGGGGAGCCUCCGAGAAAUGGAUGAAAAGAGGCUGCUGGAUCCAGGGUUGAAGGUUCGUAAAGGCCUCUGGAAUUACACUCUGAAGAACCAGCAGAUGGAAUGCCGGAGUGACUGAAGAAAAUGGGUGCUAAUGCAUCUAACUAUCCUCAUUCAUGCUCCCCACGGGUAGGGGGAAAUUCACAGGCCCAGCAGACUUUCAUAGGAACAUCAUCCUAUUCUCAGCAAGGCUAUGGUUGUGAAUCAAAGUUGUAUAGCCUUGACCAUGGCCAUGAGAAACCACAAGACAAAAAAAAGAGAACCUCUGGCCUUGCUACCCUCAAAAAGAAAUUUAUUAAACGCCGAAAAUCAAAUAGGUCGGCUGAUCACGCCAAGCAGAUGCGAGAACUCCUCUCUGGGUGGGAUGUGAGAGACGUCAAUGCACUAGUAGAAGAAUAUGAGGGAACUUCAGCCUUAAAGGAGCUUUCUCUGCAAGCCAGUUUGGCCAGACCAGAAGCCCGGACACUACAGAAGGAUAUGGCUGACCUUUAUGAGUAUAAGUACUGUACUGAUGUGGACUUAAUAUUUCAAGAAACUUGUUUUCCUGUUCAUCGUGCCAUUUUGGCAGCAAGGUGUCCAUUUUUUAAAACACUGCUUUCUUCCUCACCUGAGUAUGGGGCAGAGAUAAUAAUGGACAUCAGUACAGCUGGUAUUGAUAUGCCCAUGUUUUCUGCCUUGUUACACUACCUUUAUACGGGAGAAUUUGGAAUGGAGGACUCAAGGUUUCAGAAUGUCGAUAUCCUUGUUCAGCUUAGUGAAGAAUUUGGAACACCAAAUUCCCUUGAUGUAGAUAUGCGUGGACUCUUUGAUUACAUGUGUUAUUAUGAUGUCGUCCUUAGUUUUUCUUCAGACUCUGAACUAGUUGAAGCUUUUGGUGGAAAUCAGAACUGUUUAGAUGAAGAGCUCAAAGCCCACAAGGCUAUUAUUUCUGCACGGUCCCCAUUUUUCCGAAAUUUAUUACAAAGGAGGAUACGGACUGGUGAAGAAAUCACAGACCGAACUUUGAGAACUCCCACAAGAAUUAUAUUAGAUGAGUCCAUUAUACCAAAAAAAUAUGCAAAAGUGAUAUUACACUGUAUGUAUACCGACGUGGUGGACCUCUCUGUUUUGCACUGUAGCCCUUCUGUGGGGAGUCUCAGUGAAGUUCAGGCUCUCGUUGCAGGGAAGCCAAACAUGACCAGAGCAGAAGAAGCCAUGGAACUUUAUCACAUAGCACUGUUCUUGGAAUUUAACAUGCUUGCACAAGGCUGUGAGGAUAUCAUUGCUGAGAGCAUCUCAUUAGAUACCUUAAUUGCCAUCCUCAAGUGGAGCUCACAUCCAUAUGGCUCUAAGUGGGUGCACCGACAAGCUUUGCAUUUCCUUUGUGAGGAAUUAUCCCAGGUCAUGACUUCGGAUGUUUUUUAUGAACUCAGCAAAGACCAUCUGCUUACUGCUAUCCAGUCUGACUACCUACAGGCAAGUGAACAAGAUAUUCUUAAGUAUCUGAUUAAAUGGGGCGAGCAUCAGUUGAUGAAAAGAAUAGCAGACAGAGAGCCAAACUUACUGAGUGGUACUGCACAUAGUGUGAACAAAAGAGGUGUGAAAAGAAGAGACCUGGACAUAGAAGAACUUAGAGAGGUCCUUUCUUCUCUCUUGCCUUUUGUGCGGAUUGAACACAUCUUGCCUAUAAACAGUGAGGUCUUAAGUGAUGCUAUGAAAAGAGGCUUGAUCAGUACUCCCCCAUCAGACAUGCUCCCUACAACAGAAGGAGGAAAGUCAAAUGCCUGGUUACGUCAAAAGAAUGCUGGCAUAUAUGUUCGUCCUCGGCUGUUUUCUCCCUAUGUGGAAGAAGCGAAGUCAGUACUGGAUGAGAUGAUGGUGGAACAGACAGACCUGGUGCGACUACGAAUGGUUCGAAUGUCCAACGUCCCAGACACACUUUACAUGGUCAGCAAUGCCGUGCCCCAGUGCUGCCACAUGAUCAGCCACCAGCAGAUCAGCAGUAACCAGUCCAGCCCUCCAUCGGUUGUAGCCAAUGAGAUUCCAGUUCCCCGUCUCCUCAUUAUGAAAGACAUGGUGAGGCGCCUGCAGGAACUGCGGCACACGGAGCAGGUGCAGAGAGCCUAUGCACUCAACUGCGGGGAGGGCGCCACCGUCAGCUAUGAAAUCCAGAUCCGAGUGCUGAGAGAGUUUGGUCUUGCAGAUGCUGCUGCAGAGCUCUUGCAGAAUCCUCACAAGUUCUUUCCUGAUGAACGUUUUGGGGAUGAAAGUCCGCUCUUGACAAUGAGACAGCCUGGGAGAUGUCGUGUUAACAGUACCCCUGCAGCAGAAACCAUGUUUACAGACCUGGACUCUUUCGUGGCCUUCCAUCCACCUUUGCCCCCUCCUCCCCCUCCAUACCACCCUCCAGCUACUCCAAUCCAUAACCAGCUCAAGACAGGCUGGAAACCACGGCCUCCCAGUCAUCACCCUUCUCGUUCAUUUUCUUACCCCUGUAAUCAUUCCCUGUUUCACUCCAGAACAGCUCCUAAACCUGGCCCUCCCCCAGUCUAUUUGCCAGGUGUUAAAGUAGCCCCUCCUGAUUGUACCAACACCACAGGCCUGGGAAGACAGACGGUUGCUGCUGCUGCUGCAGCUGCUGCCGCCUCAGCAGCAAUAAUAUCUGAGAAGCAAGUGUGUACACAGCCUGUGCUGAAUGAUCUGAUGCCAGAUAUCGCAAUGGGGGUGUCCACACUGUCACUCAAGGACAGGAGGCUCCCAGAGCUUGCAGCAGACACAGAAUUAUGCCAGCCAGUUUCUGAAGCAGGACCAGGGCCUCCCCAGCAUCUCUCAUGUAUUCCACAGAGACAUACACACACGUCUCGAAAAAAACACACACUAGAGCAGAAAGCAGAUGGUAGAGAAAAUCAGCAGGAAUACCCAGAUCUCUAUGACUUCUCCAAUGCUGCUUGCAGACCUUCCACCCCUGCUCCAGGCAGACGCACUCCUUCCCCUUCACACGGUAGAUAUUUGGGUCCAGACUUGUACAGCCACAAUAAGGCAUCACCAAAUGGCUUAAAGUCAGCUUACCUACCUGGUCAGACCUCUCCUAAAAAACAGGAAGACGCUAGGAGAGAAUAUCCACUUUCUCCUGAUGGACAUCUCCACAAGCAGAAGAGUGAGCCAAUUCGCCUGGAUGUUGUUGAGCAGCCUCCCCAGAGGUCAGACUUUCCUUCGGCAGCCUCAGAAAAUGCUGGCAAUGGUCCAGCUCAUGUCAGGGCACGAACUGCAGUAGAAACUGACUUGACUUUUGGGCUGACACCUAACAGACCUCCUUCCCAUUCUGCAUGUAGCUCUGAAGCUCUAGAAGAGCGAUCCAGUAGAAGACUGACAGACAGUGAGUCCCUGAGCCACGGAGCUCAGAGAAACACAGAUCUGGAAAGGGAUGAUUCCAUAAGCAGAGGAAGGAGGUCACCAAGCAAGCCAGACUUCCUCUACAAAAAGUCUGCCCUCUGAAAACAGCUUCGAGUCUGUGCCUGAGAUGUGAAACAUUCUGUUUUAUGAUGUAACCCAACAACUUACUGACCAGUUUAUUGAUGCCA